AUGCCAAAAAAUAAAAAUAAAACAUGCGGAGAGUUUUGUACGGGCUUCUUGUGUACGUGUCAGUGCCGGCGCGUAGGUAUUUGUUUACGUGUUUUGUGCUCUGGCGUUUUGUUUUGUGGUGCACACAAAAACAAAUCUGCGGGUUGUCCCCGCGGGCUCGAACACAGCAGAAGGUGUGGUGUGUGGGCGGUGGUUUUGCGGUCGCCACACGCGGGAGCGAGGCUUCGUGUCGCCGCGUACGGAGGGGGGGUAACGGCGGGGCGGCCAGCCCCAGGCCCCAUACAAGAUCUAAUCUACAACUACUUAUGCUGUGCUCCCUUCUGGACAGGCAGCGGCAGAAAGAAGCUAUAUACCAUGUCGCUACAAAAAGAUGCCAGCGGGCUGCUACAGCAGGCGGCCAAGGCGUACGCAGCAAAGGAUUACGAGACCGCUGUCAACUUGUACUCGGAGGUCAACGAGCUGUACGAGGCUGCGCAUGGAGAACCCAACGCCGAUUAUCUAUUUUUAUACGGCAGAAGUCUGUACCAGAAUGCUCUUGCGCAGAGCGACGUGCUGGGGGGGCUAGGGGACGCGGAGGAGGACGCGCCGGACGCGGAGGAGCGUCCGGCGCAGGGGAAGGGGAAGGGUAAGCAGUUGUUCCAGUUUGGCGCAGAGGUGGCGGACGAGGAAGAGUCGGACACAGGCCCGCCCAGUGGGCCUGUGUCCCCUGCUGGUCCCGCGGACGGGACGCCGGACACACCGCCGGUCCACGAGGACAGCGACAGUGGCGACGGCGGCGACCUUGAAGCCGCCUGGGAGGUUCUUGAUCUUGCGCGGUCGAUCUACGAAAAGAACAUCGCCAACGACGGCUCCCGGCUAGACAAGCUCGCAGAGACGUACGAUAUUCUUGGAGAAGUGUCUUUGGAAUCUGAAAACUUUGAACAAGCCGCGGAGGACUUCAAGUCGUGUCUCGAACUCAGAGAAAAGUUGUACCAAGAAAAGGACGGGUGCCACAGGUUGCUCAUCGAGUCGCACUACAAGAUUUCGCUCGCGUUGGAGUUCGACCGGGGGCAGAACGCGGCCUGUCAGGAACACCUGUCGAAAUGUAUCGAGCUUCUUUCCAAACGCAUCGCGGCGGGUAAUGCCGAGCGGGACGACGAGGAGCUGUUGCUGGAGUUGCAAUCGCGGCGGCGUGAUGUGGAGGAGGCGGCGGCGGAAGGCGGCGGCGGUGGCGGCGCUGCGUCUGCGCAGCACGAAAUGGUGGAGCAGCUGCUCGCGGUAGCCGCCGCGGGGGGCAAGGUCAACGAUCUUACCGCGAUGGUCAAGAGAAAGGCGACGCGGGACAGCGAGUCACGUGAGAAGAAGCCGAAAAUCUAG